ACACAUUCUUGAGUUUAUACCAUGUCAGUUUAGUUGGACGCUCUCCUAACUUUGGUAGGACUCUUUACCUGAUACUGACUCUUGACAAAUCAUUAACAGGUUUCUACAUUUUUUUUCCUCUGCAUGAGUUUCUCCCAAUUUCCUGCAUGCUUCUUGUUUUUUUUCUGAGAAUGUUUCAUAGUCUAUUAUUGUGGCUACUUUGUGUGACACCGGUUCAUGGGCAGUACUGAGUCUAUUAGCUCAAUCCCUUUGUGUCUCUGAACUUCCCUGCGUCUCUUUAACUAAUCCAAUAGUGUGUACCUGUUAUUCUCUUUUUUUUUUUUUUUUUGUCUUUCCUGCAACGGAUCAAAGAUGAUGUCUAAGAAGAUGCCCCAGUGUUCUGCAGUGGAUCAGUCGGAGUGUGAUCAGCCUCCCAGCAAUUGUCAGGUGGACCGGUCCAUGAACGCAGCACUGGGGUGUAGGAACAAGGCUGAAUCAGGCCAAAGAAACGGCGAGAGGGUGUCAUCGUCCCCAGAGAGUGGCAGCUUGAACGGAGAUGGAAAGCGUAGUGGGAAAAGCCGUCGCCGCAAGAAACGUUCAUCAAAUCCUGAGAGUCGCUCUGAGGGGAAGAUUGAAAGUAACGGCAAGAACAAGGAGAAGGCAGACAAAAGCAGCAGUCAGUCACCUGACCCUUACGCUGGGCUGAUUGGUCUGCAGUCUGAGUGUGCUAACGUUUGGUUUGAGCGCAGCAUCUACGAGCGAGCUGAGAGCCUCUACCAGUGCUGGCUGGCGAGCUCCUCCAAUGGGACAACCCAGUCCAACCGGUCACCUUCGGCUGCAGGCAAACCCUCAAAAUCUCCAUCCCCUGUGGCUCCAUCUUCUUCAGGACUGGUGUGCUCCCAUGGUGAUCAGGUGGCCUGCCAUCAUGUUGUCCAGACUGUGUGGGUGAACAAGACAACUUUUGACCAAGCAGAACGCCGCUUCAUUGAAGAAUCCAUGCCAUCCAUUCCAAACUCUCUGGACCUCCCACCUCAGCUUAACCACUCCAUUGCACCCAGAACACCUGAUGAAGGAUAUCAGUCUCUCGCCCCGACUCCAGCAACCCCGGUCAUCCAACAAGCAGCCAUUACACCAACCAAUCGACAGCCGAUUAAUGGACUGCCCCGCAUCCCUGUGGAGCUGCUUAGAGAUGUGUGGCUGGAGAAACCGCUGUACGACCGUGCUGAAGCUGCCUUCUACCAGAAUCUGUAUGGUAACAACUCCUCCAAACGUUCCAGCUGCACCUCCACUGCCAGAAGUAGCGACCACCCUCAAAGCCUUGUAGAAGAAGAGGAGGAGGAGGAAGAAGAGGAUGAGGAAAUGGUGGUGGGGGAAAAACGGCAGGUCCAGCAGGGUAAAGCAGAAUUCUUCCAUGCUCUGCUCCCUAUCCAAGAGGAAGAGGAGCCAGCUGAAGUCCCAGAGAAGGAAGAACCAUCAGGGGCUGGAGUCUGCUACUUCCUUCACCUAGACAGCGAGCGGGUGUGGCUGGACAAGUGGCGGUUUGACGCUGCAGAGAGCCGAUUCCAUGCUUACAGUGGGGGUGAAGCUGUGGUGAUGAAGAAGGGUCGGAGGCCAGAAGCAGCAUCAGUUGCCUCCGUCGCCCCAUUGAGGGACAAUACCAUGAGUUCAGUGGACUUUCUGGCCCAGGAGAAGAUCUGGUUUGACAAACCUCGCUACGACGAGGCUGAAAGACGCUUCUAUGAGCGCCUUAAUGGCUCCUCACAACCAACAAAGGAUGUUGGAGCUAACAGCAUUCUGCAAGACAUUGCUCGAGCCCGAGAGAACAUCCAGAAAUCUCUAGCAGGACUGAAGACUACACUGUGUAACAGAGGAUCUGGUGAACCUGCCCUGAGCCAACAGUCCCAGAUUAGCAGCAGCAGUGUAGCUGAUCAGGGAGAACUCGUCUCUCGCAUCAAGAGCCUGGAGCUGGAGAACCAGAGCUUACACAAAGUGGUGGAAGACUUGAGGGCAGCACUUUCCAAACUGGAGUGUCGGGUGGCAGUUCUGGAGAAAUCUCCAGCAGCAGUUACCCCGGCUCCCACUCCUUCCGUUCCCUACACAAAUGGCACUACCGUCCAACAGAAGAGCAGCGCUCCAGUUAAAGAGGAGGAGGAGGAGGAAGAAGAUGAUGAUUUUGACCUGUUUGGGAGCGAUGAAGACGAAGAGGCGGAAAAACUCAAAGAACAGAGGCUGAAAGAGUACGCAGAGAAGAAGGCAAAGAAGCCCGGCCUCAUCGCCAAGUCGUCCAUCUUACUGGAUGUCAAACCUUGGGAUGAUGAAACGGACAUGGCAAAGCUGGAGGAAUGUGUGCGCUCAGUGCAGGCUGAUGGUCUCUUAUGGGGCACAUCCAAACUGGUUCCUGUGGGUUAUGGUAUCAAGAAGCUCCAGAUCGCAUGUGUGGUUGAGGAUGACAAAGUCGGGACAGACAUGUUGGAGGAAGAGAUCACCAAGUUUGAAGAUUAUGUCCAGAGUGUCGACGUAGCAGCGUUCAACAAGAUCUGAUUCCAGUGUGUCUCUGUCUGUCGUCAGCCUUGCUUCUCUGCUGAUUAAGUCAACGGUUCAUAAUAAUAAAAUCCAACUCUUGCACUGAA